AUGGCAUCGGAUAUUCAGAAGUUAAUAGGAACAAGUGAAGAAGAUGAUGACGAAGAAAUGGACAUGGAUGUUAAAGAGGAAGAUGAUGAAGAUGAUGAAGAUGGAGGGAAGCCUAUUGCUGGACAAAUGAUGAUAGGAAUGGAUGGAGGGAUGGCAUCAAACAGUAGUAAUAAUCAGUUUCAACAUCACCAGCAAUUUCAAGAACAGGUUAGUACUCCUGGAGGAGGAGCUCGGAGGUCUAGACCGCUUGAAGAAAAGGAGAGGACGAAGCUAAGAGAGCGGCAUCGGAGGGCAAUCACAGCAAGGAUUUUGGCAGGAUUAAGGAGGCAUGGAAAUUACAAUCUUAGGGUUAGAGCUGAUAUAAAUGAUGUAAUUGCUGCUUUGGCGAGGGAAGCUGGCUGGGUUGUUCUUCCAGAUGGAACCACCUUUCCUUCAAGAUCUCAGGGCUCAAGGCCUGUGGGUGGCACCUCUUCUGCAGUAACGCCAACGUCUUCACAUCUGGUGUCACAACAGACUCCACCUGCUUCCCUCAGAGGAGUCUCUUCUGGUCAUCGGACCUUGGUUGAGUACACUUCAUGCCAUAUGAAAGGUGUUUAUAGACCCAACCCCUCACCUUAUGAUCUAUCUGCAAGCACUCAGCCGCAAACCCCAGCAAUGGUGAGAGAGGGAGGAGAACAAACAGAGAGCAAUCCCCAUAUUGGUGGCUCCAUGGACACAAUAAAUGACAAACAGGUUGUUGACAUACCUCCAAUUCCAAAGUUCCCAGAGCGGGAUUUUGCUGGCACUCCAUUCAUACCAGUUUAUGUGAUGCUACCAUUGGGUGUCAUAAAUAUGAAGUGCGAGCUGGUUGAUCCAGAUGGCCUACUGAAGCAGCUCAAGGUGUUGAAAUCUGCCAAUAUUGAUGGUGUUAUGGUUGACUGCUGGUGGGGCAUAGUAGAGGCUCACUCUCCUCAGGAGUAUAACUGGAAUGGUUACAGGAGGCUCUUCCAGAUGGUGCGUGAACUUAAGCUUAAGUUACAGGUUGUGAUGUCAUUUCAUGAAUGUGGAGGCAAUGUUGGUGAUGAUGUUUGUAUUCCCCUUCCACAUUGGGUGGCAGAAAUUGGACGCAGUAAUCCUGACAUUUUCUUCACUGAUAGAGAAGGAAGACGCAACCCAGAAUGUCUUUCAUGGGGAAUCGACAAAGAACGGGUGUUAAGAGGUCGUACUGCUGUUGAGGUGUACUUUGACCACAUGAGAAGCUUCCGAGCAGAAUUUGAUGAAUUCUUCGAGGAUGGUAUCAUCUCCAUGGUUGAAAUUGGACUUGGUCCUUGUGGGGAGCUACGGUACCCAUCUUGUCCUGUGAAGCAUGGCUGGAGAUAUCCUGGCAUUGGUGAAUUUCAGUGUUAUGAUCAGUAUUUUCUGAAAGGCUUAAAGAAGACAGCAGAAGCAAGGGGACAUCCAUUCUGGGCUAGGGGACCAGAUAAUGCUGGCUCCUAUAAUUCCCAGCCACAUGAAACUGGUUUCUUCUGUGAUGGAGGGGACUAUGAUGGGUAUUAUGGCAGGUUCUUCCUUGAUUGGUAUGCUAGGAUUUUAGUUGAUCAUGGUGAUCGGAUUCUUUCUUUAGCAAAGUUAGUUUUCGAAGGAACUCGAAUUGCUGCGAAGCUAUCAGGUAGUCAUUGGUGGUACAAGACAGCCAGUCAUGCUGCCGAAUUAACUGCUGGUUUCUACAACCCAUGCAAUCGUGAUGGCUAUGCUGCAAUUGCAGCAAUGCUAAAGAAGCAUGGGGCUGCUUUAAAUUUCUCGUGUUCUGAAUUGCGGACAGUAGACCAGCAAGUAGACUUUGCAGAGGCACUUGCAGAUCCUGCUGGAUUAGUAUGGCAAGUGCUGAAUGCUGCAUGGGAUGUUGGCAUACCAAUUGCUAGCGAGAAUGCUCUUCCAUGCCAUGAUAGGGUCACAUAUAACAAGAUUCUGGAUAACGCCAAGCCCUUGAGUGAUCCAGAUGGAAGGCAUUUUUCUUCUUUUACUUACCUUAGGCUCAGCCCACUUCUAAUGGAGAGACAAACCUUCAUGGAAUUUGAACGCUUUGUCAAGAGAAUGCAUGGGGAAGCCGUUCUUGAUAUCCAGGUAUAG